AUGACAUACGUGUGGUCAGAAGUGUGGGUAGAAGUGGGUAGAAGUGAAGGAAAGAAAAUAGAACCUGCGACGUUCAUUACUGUUGUCUUUUGCGAGGUCCGUGAUUCGAACCGUACCUCUGCCUCCCGAUUUCCCCUGCUUAGGCUUGGGUACCCUGGCAGUAUCUCAGCCUUCGUGCUUCCUUCGGGUGGCAUGGCAGUUAGGCGCCGGAAAGAUGCUACAGCUGAAUGCACUAGAUACACAACCAAUAAAUCUGGGUCUAAGAGAAAAAUAAAAAAUCGUUCAGCUGUACACUCUUCCGGUGCCUAG